AUGCUCAAAACCGGCGCCUACUCAAUGACUUUUGGCAAUUCGCCAAUUGAUAAUUUUAAUGGUAACGGCACAACCUCACCGCCGUUGAAUGGCUCUCCGCCGCUCGACGUUCAUAGAAUCUGCCAAAAAGCGAGUUGUUCUGAAGACGCGGUUGUGAUGGUGAAGCUGACCGACGAGAUGUUCACCGCUCUGGAGCAAUGCUAUCGAAGCGGGAAGAAAAUUCAGAUUCGUGUUGAAGAACAGGGAGGAAUAAUCGAACUCGGUGACGGAACAGCAUCUUCUAUGACAAAUAAUACUUUUCGGUUUCAAAAACAAAGCUUAACGGAUUCAACUGAUACUCUUGUACAACAACCGGGUGGACGCGUCUUCAAUGUUGGUGCCUAUAAAACGAAAUAUCAGAUUCAAGCAACUGAUAAAUCGUUUGAAGAGACGCGAAAACGCGCUGAAAAACGCGCAGAGGUUGAGAAAAGUCGAGGUACAAAGGAAAUGAAGAAAAGCGGCAUUCCCUCAUCAUCACGCUUAAUGAAUUCGUCGUCAACGCCUCGCGGCACUGGCGGUUCAACGCAUUCGUCGCGUGUGAGCCCGACGUUUGCAUCGAACAAGGCGUCGACGAGUCAACAGUCGUCGAAAACGUCAUCGGCGGCGCCGAAACCGGAGAACGUUGUUAGGAACGAGUUGAUGACACGAUCUUUGAAGAAACGAAUCAUGCAUCAUGUGGUGACACAAAAAUUCAAGGAUUGGGAAGAGGUGUAUAGAAAAAUGAAGUCUGAAGGAUUGCCGAAGGACAAGGAUACUUCGCCGGAAAUCAUCGAGAGAAUUGUUCGUGAGGUGUCUGAAUACGCAUCUCCCAACUCAGCGUGUCUCUCGUUGAAAACGAGCCUUCUCGGUGAGCUGGAUGCGCGUUGGAUGUUUUACACUCAAGAGGAAAAGGCUUGGGUUCGCAAAUUACAAGCAAAAGUUUCUGGAAAUCGCAGUGCUCCGACGGAUUCGUCUUCGUUUGCGCCAAUUCGAAAGAAGGGUAUGGAACGAAUGACAGCGACGUCUCGUUCGACGGCGCCAAGCGAAAAACAGGAGGCGAAAUCGUUGUCUCCAGAAGAGAUUCCAACACCGCCGACGUCUCAACCAUCUUCUAAAGCAAUGGAGCCAAUGGAGAGUGAUGAUGAUGUGUAUGAGGCACCCACCAUCGGUGUGAAAAGGAAAGCGCAUUCGGGGGCGGCGGCUGCUUCUGCUGCUACCAAUGCAAACGGCGCGAUGGCAACGCAUAUCACUAACAUUCCGGAGACGCCGGCGGAGAAGCGCGUACGUCGCAACGAAUCAGCGAGUCCACCGGAGGACCCACGCAAUGCUCAAGCUCCGCCUCCACCACCGCCGCCGGCUUCACUUCCAAUCCUGGCGACGGCUCCACAUUUGCCGCCGCCGCCUCCUCCAACGACACUUCUGAAUCACGAUAUGCACUCAAAAAUGGGAUCGUUCCAAGGUUUUGUGUACCGUCCUAACGGAUUGGCGCCACCGCCGCCGCAAACAGAGACGAAUGCGGUUGCUACCAACGGUGGCGGAUCGACGGCAUCAUCGCGACUCUCGUCGCCGGCAUCUUCGCUGUCGUCGCCAAGCCAACCUGAGUGCGAUUGGGAAAAGGAAUUCGGAGAGAUCAAGACGAUCAGCGAUGCUGAAAACUAUUUUACGAUGUUCCAUAAGGAUUAUCCAUCGUAUAUGGAAUGCUUUCGUAAGCUGAGCGAUGUUUCGAACGAGUUCCGCAAUUUGGAAAAGAAGCUCAUGAACGCGAUUCAACGCAAAUCGAGCUCGGCAUCCGCCUCCAAAGAAAUCUCGUUGAUCGAGCGGGAGAUACAGAAUCGUUAUGCGCAUUUUGAAAAAGAUCCAGAUUUUCUCAAGACUCGACAGAAGCACGCAAACCUACGUUCGAAGUUGGCGGUUUUGAAAUCGCGUAUCUGCAAUUGGGAAACGAUGCAAUAG